UACAUAAUGUGACCACAAUUAUUGAUAACUAAGAUCAAAAGAAAAAUAACAAAUUGAUAAAAAUGGAUCAAAAUGCAGAUUAUACACAAUUAAUGAGACAUUCGACCAGAAAAAUACAAUCAAAAUGUGAUACAAUAAUUAAUGCUAGAUUAGCGUACGAAAGAGAAUUUUCCAAUACCGUUUGGCUUGAUUGUUUAAUAAUAUUUUACGAAGUUUUCAAGUUUAUUGAACGGGCGAUUGUUGAAACAAGCAAUGAACAUUUAAAGCAAUUUCAUAUGGUGGAAAUAUUUCGUACGAAGGCUUUUGAAGUAGAUUUGAAUUUUUAUUUAGGACCAGUUUGGAAUAAAAACGAUUUUAGAAUAGAUUUUAAAAAUAACUAUAUUUAUGGAAAAUGUAACAGAGAAUAUUUAAAUUAUUUGGAAAAGUUAGAAAGGAAUGAACCAGAAUUAUUAAUUGCAUAUUUUUAUCACUUGUAUAUGUGUUUACUUUCUGGUACACAAACAUUGCAAAUCAAACGUCCUAUAUUUAGAAUAUCAAAUCAAACAGAAGGAAAUGCUAUUAGUGAAUUUUCAGAACCAAUUUCAGAAUUAAAAACCAAACUACGCACAUUAACAAAUAAAGUCUGUGGAGAAAUGAAUCCAGAAAUGCGUGAUAAAGUGAUCAAAGAAGGGCAAAUGGUUUUAACUUUAAAUAAUGAAAUUCUUGCAACAAUUAUACCAACUCAUUUUAUUGUAAUUAAACGACUUCUUUAUUCGUUUAUUCUGUUUGGUGUUUGUUAUUUAAUUUAUUUAUAUUUUUAGUCAUAUUUAUCUUCAAUAUAUGCACAGUAUUGAAGGCUCAACGGGAAGGGGCGGGAAUGCGUUAUAUAUAAAACCGUUUUAUAACACUUAGAACACGAUUUAUGGGGAUGUAUUAUACCAAAUGUCCCAUUUUAAACAAUAAAGCUGAAAAACGUUUUAAUAGUCAGAGAUAGAACAAAAGUUUAAAUAAUAAAGUAUACUUUUUUAAAUAUUGCCUUUUUGUUAGAAAAUUUUUGUUGUUGAUUAGAUUACUUUCGUUGGAAAUUAAAAUGGUAAGCCAGUAUCGAAAAUAAUCAGUAUUUUAUACAGAAUAGCUUGUUCUAAUUUAAACUAAUGCUCUAUCACUUAUUGAUUGGCUAUGAACUUGAGUUUAUUUUUAAACUUAGGGUCAACCAUGAAGGUUAUAAAGAAGGAGAACGAUCGCUAUAUACUAAAGCAUUACAGACGCACCUGUCCCUGAAAAUUUGUAGAAUUUAUAGUUCAUUUUCA